CACAUCUACUUAAAAAGGUUGAAAAAAGUUGAGAAAAGAGUAAAAAAUUUAGUUAGUGAAAGAAGUUUAGAAAAAUUAGUGUAAAAUAAAGUAAAUUUUUAACAAUAAAAACAUAAAAAUGAGGAUAUUAAGAUCUCAGUAUUUGAAAUUAAAAACUAAUGCCACAGCAGCAGCCGCAAACAAUAAAACUAUAGGAAAAAGGCAUCCCACUAGAAGUCAAUGCGUAGUUAAUAACAAACAUCACUUGUCUGCCACCACUUCUACCAACGCUACUUCCCUACGAUCUACUAGUCAAGAAUUUUCGAAUAACACCUCCUCCUCUAACAUUGGCAUUGGUACAAAUAUCAAAAUUUUAUUUGAUCAUGUAGACGAAUCGUUGGAUAAGCUCAAAGUUGUGGUAGAAUUCACCGAUAUGGAUGCCAUGUGGCUGACACGUGUCUAUCAAACUUAUGAAAAUGAAUUGUGGCAUAAAAAACCACAAAGUGAUGAUUUUGGCGGCAAGAAAAAAUGGUUUUUCUAUUGUCAUUUAUGUGAUAAUAUCUACCAUAGAUUUUAUUCGAUUAAAAAUCAUUUGAAUCUACACAUGAACUUGUAUCCUUACAUCUGUAAGCUGUGUUGUAUGAAAUAUACCGGACGUAGUUCCGCCACCAGACACUUGAAGAAAGUACAUCGUUUGGCUAAAGAACAUUGGAAUGAUUACUUAACAAGUUAAGAAAAUGCAGCGGUAAUAGUUUUAGCUGGUACUAAAAUUGUUUUUGAGGAGUUUUUUUAUUUACAAGAUUAUUGGAUUGGACCGGACACACAUAAGUCACAGGUGAACAGUUUUUAUUUCUUUAUUUUAUUACUAUUUUCUUGUUAAUAUUUGUUUUUAAAAUUUACAUUUUUUAUAUUACAUAUUUCUUAAUUAAUUAUUAUUUUUUUACCAAAAUAUUUUUUUUUCAAAAUUAUUAUUUUUUUUAAUUGACUUAACCUAACCUAUCUUAUCAAAAUAUUUUAUUUCAAAAUUAUUUUUUUAAAUUUUUAUUUUUUUUUUAUUGUUUAUAAAUAUUUUUAAAUUUAUACAUAAUUGAUUUAAAAGAACAAAAGUUUCAUAAUGUAUUCCAAAUUUUUUUUAAUUUGAUCGAAACAUUUUUAAAAUUAACAUUUCAAUUAAGAAUUUAAUGAAUUAGAAGAAAAUCGAAAUAACAAACUGAAUUUAUUUUUGAAAAUAAUGACGAUUUAAUAC